UAGCAGAAGAAUGACAGGGCACUCAGAGGAAGAGGCAACAUCUCAGUCUCUGAAGGAGAGCAUAGAAAAACGUGUAUCAUUUCCCCCAGAUGAGCAGAUGGUAUCUGACUUUGUGGAGAGAAGGGCUGAACUUCAAGAGGAUAUAAUUCUGGCCUACAAGCAGAGCUGCGAAAAGCACCAUGUGAAACCAAACCCAAAGGCUCUUGAUCAGUUAAAGCAAAUUACUUGUGUUACUGACAGAGCCAGGUGUUUUGACCUGUCAGGUAAGUUAUUUAAUUCAGUAUUUAUUAUUUUUGCUAUCCCUCUUGAAAAGCCUUUUUGUUUUUUCAAAGCUAAACACCACCAUAAAAAUCCCUCAGUUCUAUCAUUUCACCUGAAACACUCAUCCCGCAUCCAACCAGGAAUUCCAGCUUUAUUCAUCUUUCCAUCAGCAUGUGAGCGGUUAGAUUAUUGCUCCUGCGAAUCUCUUGAAGAGAUCCUGAAAUCAGUGCAAUUUGAUUUUAUCAGUCUGAAGGGGGCCGAGCUUGAGCAAAAUGGAGCAUCAUCUUUGCUAGAUAUGUUUUUGUACUACGAGUCAGCUACACACCUCGACAUGUCCUCGAACUCAGGAAUGGGAUUCUCAGGUUGGCUGUCACUGUCACACCUCCUCCGACAGAGUGGAUGCCUGUGGAGGCUGGAUGCUUGCAACAUGCCUAUGGUGGACUACGCUGCGCAGGCCUUGUCAAAAGCCCUUCUCACCAGCAGGCUGACAGUGCUACACCUUGAAAACACCUGCCUGAGCGGCAAACCUCUCUUCACACUUGUUGGUGCUCUGAAAAAGAACGUCGCUUUGCAGGAGCUUUACCUCUCUGAAAACAACCUCAACGGCUACCAGGACUCCAUGCAACUUGGCGACCUCCUCAAAUACAAAAGCACUCUUAAAACCUUGGACCUAAGCAACAAUACCAUGUCUGACUCAGGUAUGCCUGUUUUGUUUGAGGACACAUUGUGUGCUUCCAAUAUCAUGGUUGAAAAGGUGUUUGUGGUUAAAUGCACAAUUUGUUUCAGCUCUUGUGUAGUCAUCUCUCUCGGUUCCACAGGUUUGGAAGAGAUUUGUGAUGCUUUGAGCUCUCAGAAGACUGGUUUGAGAACGCUGAUACUCAGUAACAAUCACAUCACUCAUCUUGGCAUGAGCCAUCUACAAAAUGUUCUGCCCCGCUUAAAAACACUUGAAACAUUGAACCUUGGCAAAAACAACCUCGAGAACAGAGGUAUUCACACGUUAAAGGAGUCCCUCAUGAUCAAUCGCUCUUUAUUGCAACUUGGCCUAGCCUCUACAGGAAUAACAUGCGAGGGUGCUGUGACUUUGGCUGAGAUCCUUGCAGAGAAUCCACAGAUCCAGCGUUUGGAUGUACGGCAGAACCAGGUGCUUGCUGGGGGCCUCAUGGCUCUGUCAUUGGCCCUGAAGAUCAACCGUUCACUCAUUAGACUGGAUCUGGACCAACAUUUGAAAGAGGAAAAGGUCAGUUGUCAGCUGUUCCUCAUCCUGAUUAUCUAA